AAAAUCUGCCAUUUUCCCACUCAAAUUAAACCGCCCCUUUUUGCUUUCAGUUUCAAAUCCCGCCUGCAUAAAUUUGUCAAUAAAACCCUAAAUAUAAAAUUCACCCAUCAUUUUAAAUCUUUAGCACCCAAAUUCUUCCUCCUCUCUGCUUCAACUCUAAGGUGAAAGAUGGCUGGAAAAGGAGGGAAGGGGCUUUUGGCAGCUAAAACCACUGCCUCUAGUAAGGACAAAGACAAGGAUAAGAAGAGGCCUAUUUCCCGGUCUUCUCGUGCCGGUAUUCAGUUUCCUGUUGGUCGGAUUCAUCGGCAUCUGAAGCAACGGGCAUCUGCAAAUGGGCGCGUUGGGGCUACUGCUGCCGUCUAUUUGGCUUCUAUUCUUGAGUAUCUGACUGCAGAGGUUCUUGAGCUGGCUGGAAAUGCAAGCAAGGAUCUGAAGGUGAAAAGGAUCACACCAAGGCAUCUCCAGUUGGCAAUUAGAGGUGAUGAAGAACUUGACACCCUCAUCAAGGGAACCAUUGCUGGUGGUGGAGUAAUUCCUCACAUCCACAAAUCUCUAAUCAACAAAGCAACUAAAGAUUGAAUUUAGGUCUUUGUAACUGAACGAUUAUCUGUUUUAUGUGACUACCUUUUUUAGGAUAAUGUAGGUUUAGUAUUUGUUGGUCCUUGUCUAGUACAUCUUGUUAAGUACAUAUAAUAUUAUGACAUCUAGGGUUUUGCCAUCAAAUUGUUAUGUUUAUUGACAGUAGGAUGCUUAUUGUUGGAUUGCUAAAUUAAAUUUCUUAGCUUCUCUUGAUUAAUACUA